AUGUCUUCUUCAACAACAACAGAAAAUAAGAAUAUUGCCUUUGGCAGAGUGGGAACCAACUUGAAUAUUGGCAUCGUUGGUUUGCCAAACGUUGGUAAAUCAACCUUCUUUAACAUUCUCACCAAUUCUUCAGUGCCAGCUGAGAAUUUUCCAUUCUGUACCAUUGAUCCGAGCACGAGUCAUGUUGCAGUGCCAGAUGAGAGAUAUGAUUGGUUGGUGAAACAUUUGGGAGCAACAGAUAAUGCCCCAGCUAUUUUGAAUGUGACUGAUAUUGCUGGAUUGGUCAAGAAUGCUUCAGAAGGUGAAGGAUUGGGAAAUGCAUUCCUUUCUCAUAUUAGAGCUGUUGAUGCCAUUUUCCAUAUGGUAAGAACAUUCGAAUCGAAGAAUAUUACUCACGUUGAGGGUAGUAUUGAUCCAGUGAGAGAUAUUAAAACCAUUGAACAGGAAUUGAUCAAGAAGGAUAUUUCCUAUUUGGAAAAUGUUAAGGGACCACUCGAAAAGAUGGGAAAGCAAAAGAAGGAGAAGGCUUCUGAACUCGUUGCUGUCGAAAAGGCAUUGGAAAUGUUGAAGGAAGGAAAGGAAGUGAGAUUUGGUGAUUGGGCUAGUAAGGAUAUUGAAUUACUCAAUCCUCACCAAUUGUUGACCUCUAAACCAAUGAUUUAUCUUGUGAAUAUGACACCAAAAGAUGUUGUGGAUCCAGAAAAGAAUGAGCAUGUCAUUAAGAUUAGAGAAUAUGUCACUUCUAAGAGUGCAAUUGCUGAACCUGUCAUUCCAUACAGUGCUGCCUUUGAAAAGAAAUGGCAAGAGACUGAUGAAGAAAAGAGACAAGAAUUAAUCAAGAAGGGAAUCAACUCCAAGAUGGCAGAUAUUAUCAAGAUUGGAUAUGCCAUGCUUAAUCUCAUCAAUUAUUUCACAUGUGGUCAACAUGUGCGUACAUGGACCAUCAAGAGAGGAAUGAAGGCCCCAGCUGCUGCUGGUCAAAUUCACAGUGAUUUUGAAAAGGGAUUUAUUUGUGUUGAAGUUAUGAGUUUUGAAGAUUACAAGCAAUAUGGUAGUGAAUCGGAAUGUAAAAAUAAUGGAAAGCUCAAGGAGAAGGGAAAGACCUACGAGGUAGAGGAUGGUGAUAUUUUGCACUUUAAAUUCAAUGUGUCGAGUGGCGGAAAGAAAAAGUAA